AUGUUGGUUCUACCUAAAUUAGACAUUAAGGAUAUCUUUUGGAUUUUCUAUAUAGUUUUCUUAAUUCCAAAGUUAGCCUUUUUCAGUAGCUUUGGUUAUCAAACACUAAUGUCCGUCAGAGAAUUAUUCCCUUUUUUCAAAUGGGGAUUCAACAUUAGAAGAUCAAACUUCUUGGUUCCAAUCCUCAGUAAUAAUAUUAUAGUAACUGGUGAAGAAGCUGUCAGUUUCGAAAAGCCAUUGCCACUCAUCAUCGAUAGUAGUAAAAACACGCUGUCUGUAGUAUGUUCUGCCGAGUCUGUUUCAUCUCAAUCCUCUCCAGUCACCGAGCAAGAUAUUAUAGCCGUUUUACUAGAGAAGAAGAAUUUACAAAAUCAAAAUUAUAAACAACAACAAUUACAACAACAACAACCAUCACAACCAUCACAACAACAAGAAAAAGAACAACAUUGUAAACCAACACCAUCACCUCAGCCAGUACAACAAUCAUUAUUAUAUUUAUCAGACAGAGAGAUCAUAACGAAAAUCGAGAAGGGAGAAAUUCCACUCUAUCGUCUGGAAGCAGAGCUCGGUGACUGUAACAGAGCCGUCGAAAUUAGAAGAGCUGUUCUUGAGAAGAAUAUCGAAAAAUCCAUUCCAGAGCUGCCACAUACAUCGUACGACUUCUCCAAGGUACUCGGUGCCUGUUGUGAGAAUGUAAUCGGUUACGUACCGAUUCCAGUUGGAACUGCCGGUCCACUGAUGCUGAACAAUCAACCGGUCAACAUCCCAAUGGCCACCACCGAAGGUUGCUUGGUUGCCAGCACACACAGAGGUUGCCGUGCCAUCUCAGAGUCUGGUGGUGCCAGAGCAACCAUUAUUUCGCGAGGAAUGACCAGAGCACCAGUCGUACGUUUCCCAAGCAUCGUGGGAGUUGGCGAGUGCGUCGAGUGGCUCAGAGAAUCCAACAACUACGAAACCGUCAAGAAAGAAUUUGACUCGACCAGCAGAUUCGCCAGACUCACCGGAUUAAAAACAACCGUAGCCGGUCGUUCAUUAUAUAUUAGAUUCAAGUGUGAUACCGGUGAUGCAAUGGGCAUGAACAUGGUAUCCAAAGGUGUAGAAGCUGUUUUAAAUUUAUUAAAGAACCAAUUUAAGGAUAUGGAAAUUUUAAGUUUAUCAGGAAAUAUGUGUACAGACAAGAAACCAUCGGCAAUCAAUUGGAUUGAAGGUAGAGGAAGAACUGUUGUGAGUGAAGCAAUUAUCAGCGGUGAAAUUGUGCAAAAAGUCUUAAAGACUUCUGUUCAAGCAAUGGUCGAUUUGAAUAUCUCAAAGAAUCUCGUUGGUUCUGCAAUGGCCGGUUCAAUCGGUGGUUUCAAUGCACACGCCGCCAACAUUGUCACUGCUAUUUUCUUGGCGACCGGACAAGACUGUGCUCAAAACGUAGAGUCAUCCAAUUGUAUCACAUUGAUGGAGGCAUGCAACGAUGGAAAAGACCUUUAUAUCACCGUCACAAUGCCAUCGAUCGAAGUCGGUACCGUUGGUGGUGGUACCUUUUUGCCAGCGCAAUCUUCGUGUUUGGAUAUCAUCGGUGUCAAAGGAUCGAAGCCUGGAUUCCCAGGUCAGAAUGCCGACCAAUUGGCCAGAAUUGUUUGCGCUACAGUAAUGGCUGGUGAAUUGAGUUUGAUGGCUGCCCUCUCUGCUGGUCAUCUCAUGAAGUCUCACCUCCAAUUGAAUCGAAAAACAAGUAGUAUAAGUUUAGAAUUAAAGAGUGUGUAA